UUCUACGUGAUUAAUUGUGCAUGUCUAUUUUUAAGGUUCCCGCGAUUUAAACAAUGUCGACUUAAAUUACUUUCGUUAAAAAUCUAAUAUUCUCGAGCCAUUAUUUCGCAACAGAGCGUGUUAACAACUACAAGCCAUAAAACAACCCAAAACCGUAAAAUUUCAUUCGACAAAAAACCAUCGAAACUCUCUUCAACUGGACUUCUUCGAUCAAUCGAACCUUACUAAUCGCCAGUGAAAGGACUCCAAACCCCGAAACUCAACCUUUCAAAUCCUCGUUAGUCCGAGCACAGCCUCAGCAGGAAUGCACAAAUCGUAUCGAUCUCGCCUUCUUCCGGAUGCAUUUUCCUCCUCUCCACGACUCAUAGACUCCUGUCUGCUGGAGUCGGACUCAUCGCACAAUUUAGGCUCGGAAUCGGCGCAGUCUCAUUUCACUCCUGCAUUGCACCACGUCCCAGACUCGAAAGAAACUUCAUCCUGUGCGCGAGACUGUGAGUGUGAUUGUGGUGUGUUCGCUCGACUAAUUUUGUGGUGUGUCGUUGACUGCGAGGAAGGCGAAGUUUGUGCAUAGUUUGGCCGGGUUGGUAUGGACUUGAACCUCAGGAGAUAAGGGUGAAGGAAUGACGAAGUGAAAUUUAGAAGUUCUUCCUAUAAAAUGGAACCCCUGCUGGCGGGAAAACAGCACAAUGGCUCAUCAACGAACUGUGACGGUGCCGCCACCAGCAGCGCGGACGGCGAUACGACCUGCAGCGAGGACGAGUAUGUCCCUGGCCGCCUCAGCGCCACCCACCUAUCCGUCAGCAGCGAACCCGUGGCCCAUCGCGACCACCUCUCCAUGUUGUACCAUGGCACGUGGCCCGUGGAACGAACCAUGUGGAACUCGGACCCCAUCUCGCGAACCACCGCCCCUGUACAUAACCCCAACAUGCAGGACGUCACUAGCGUCAUGAGCUUCGCUUCCAGCUCCGGCGGCGCCCUCCUCGGCAGCCCGAGUCUGUCCCGUCGGUCCUCGCAGCAACUCGAAGCCAAAGUCGACAUGGUGUAUAGUCUACUGGCGAUGUUGAGCGGGCAAGAGCACGCCGAUAUGGGUGAAACGUUGCUAGCGCUGAGCACGAAUCCGGAGAGUUGUCUGGCGAUGCGCCAGUCGGGGUGCAUUCCUUUGCUUGUACAGAUGGUGCAGUCGGACAAGGACCCGGAGGCUAGGAAGAAGGCGUCGCAGGCGCUGCAGAACUUGGUGCACUCGCAGCCGGACGAGAAGCUGAGGAAGAGGGAGGUUCGGGUUUUCAAGUUGUUGGAGAAUACAAGGGGGUAUACGGAAGCGCUGAGGAAUCAUAGGGAGUUCGAGUUGGAAGUUACGUCGUCGAGUUCGGAAGAUGAUGAUAAGCAUCCAGUACAGACGGUGGCGCAUUUAAUGAAGCUGUCAUUCGAUGAGUUGCACAGGCAGGCGAUUUGUUCGUUGGGAGGGAUACACAGUAUAGCUAGUUUAGUUGAGGCCGAACAUGUAAAUCACGGAAGCACCGCCGACGAACAGCACUGCAUCCUCAUGCGUAGAUAUGCUUGUAUGGCCCUCACCAACCUCACGUUCGGCGACAGUGGCAACAAAGCUUUAUUAUGUUCCUUUAGGGAGUUCAUGCGAGCACUAGUUAUCCAAUUACAAAGCCCUAGUGACGAGCUGCGCCAGGUAACCGCCAGCGUUUUGCGAAACCUGUCGUGGCGGGCGGACUCCACCAGCAAAGAAAUCCUGCGUGAAGUCGGCAGCGUUACCGGGUUAAUGAAAGCCGCCAUGCUAGAUAACAAAGAAAACACGCUCAAGUCAAUUCUGUCAGCUUUGUGGAAUUUAUCGGCACACUGUACCGAAAACAAGUCGGAAAUUUGUUCGGUAGAGUGCGCUUUAGGGUUUUUGGUUGACAUGUUGACGUAUAAAACGGUGUCGAAGUCGUUGGCGAUUAUAGAGAACUCGGGCGGGAUUUUGAGGAACGUUUCGAGCCAGAUCGCCGUCAGGGAUGACUAUAGGGAGGUUUUGAGGCAACAUAAUUGUUUGCAAAUUUUGUUGGAUCAGUUAAAGUCCCCUAGUUUGACUAUCGUGAGUAACGCUUGUGGCACUUUGUGGAAUCUGUCGGCAAAGUGUCCACAAGACCAGGAGGCGUUGUGGCAAAUGGGGGCACCUGCGAUGCUUAGAAGUUUGAACCACUCAAAACACAAAAUGAUCGCGAUGGGGUCAAGCGCGGCUUUGAAAAAUUUGUUGAGUGCAAGGCCUACUCAGACCGUCCCGACUGUACUGGAUUCGACAGCUUUAGCUAUGGACUUACCAGUGUUACCAACGCUAGGAGCGCGUAAACAAAAGGCCCUGUUGCAAGACUUGGACCAAACUCUCUCAGAGACGUACGAAAACAUAGAGAAAGACUCACCUGUUAAAACCAAAGACGAUAAACACAUCGCUGCAACGACGCACGAUUUUAUCCAAAAAUCGAAGAAAUACAGUAGACAAUCUAGCGACAAUAGUCCUGAGUUUAAAUAUAGCGACUACGAGACAGAUUUUUGUAGUUUGACUGAAGGCGAACCGUCGACCAGUUACGAGACCAAGCAAAAUUUAAGUUUGCCUUAUUUAGAUAAUUCGGUUAGUAGUAACGAUUUGAAUAAGAAUUGUUUCGUGAAGAGUAGACGCAAUGCGUCGGAAAACGACAAUCGAACUUUUAAUGUCUACUCAGAUUCGGGCUUACAGUCACUGGAAUCCCCCGUCAAGUUCGACCUAGAUUCGGGUUCAACGAGCUCAAUCGAUAACGAUAAGUGUAAAAAACAGUUCAAGUUGAAGGAAGUUAGCGUGUACUCAGACGAAAAGGAUCAUUGCUCGAUCGAGGACGUUUCGGACUCGGACAACCAGUCAUCGUUAGGAUUUGAACACAAAGUCCACGAUGAGUCCAGUUUUUUAUCCAGCGGGUUGAUCGCGCGCAAGGAAGUUCCACAUUCUUCGGGGUUGUCCACCCCCACGUUACCCCACCCGAACUUCAAGUACCCCAACCUGGCUUCGUCGAACGUCACGAUGUUUGAAGGGAACAUCGACGAAAUCGACAUGGACGACAUUUCGAUACACUUCGCAUCAGAACAAAGCAAAGACGGCGACGAUGACACCGAAAAGCGCGACGUCGAAAACGAGAAAAAGUCGCACCUCCAGGAAAUCGUGGAGGAGUCGACGAGCGAAAAUCGGCGACUUACUUUUCCGAAGACCUCGGCGAGGGGCAGCGGGAUUCCACUUCCCAGAAGUUUACCACGACCUAUACCCAAUUCAAACGUCAAUCAUCAGACUAUCGACUUAGAUUCGCCGGAACUACCAGUCGCGAAAAAAAUUAACAAAUCAAAUAUCGCUCGACUUUCUUCGGGUUUGCCACGACGGAACUUACAGACGAGCACACCCCUUAGGAUUACCGGUAAUGCGCGAAGGGGUGAGGGGUCAAGCGAAGCCUUUAAAGUAGAAAAUAUUGACAUGGGUGAUGAUAGUUCAGUGUCGCCUAUUGUUAAGACGGACGAGUCAAAAGUGACGUCGACAGACAUCGAUUGUAGUUUACCGGAGGUGGAGUUUUCAAGCAGCAGCGACCAAACUAACCUAAGUCCACAGGACCUCCACCACCACAAACCCCCUCCCACCCCACUCAACUUCGACCAGAUGGAGAAACCCAAAGUGUCCAGCCCCACCGACUUCUCCUACCUCAGUCCAGAAGCCUGCGUCAACUUUAACCUAAAGCACGACCGCGACCGCCUCCUGGAGCGCAGUUGCGAGGAGAACAACCUCAUGGACAACCGCAUGCUGGACCCCGACGCCAUGAUCGAGUCUCUGGACCGUUUCACGGCCGAGUUGGUCUCGCAGGCGUCGCAUUUGCAGAGUAACGGCGAGGAUAAGUACAAGGAUAAUACGUGGAACGAGGAUACGUCGCCUAACGAAGUUACUUUUCCGAGUAUUUCCGGGAGUGCGCCGAACGUGAUUACUUUCGGGAGUAACGAGUCGUCGGUGCCGGAAACCAGUGACGAGAAGGAGAAGGAAGUGGAGAAGGAGAGGGAGAGCGAGCAUCAGUCGAACGACUUUUCGUCGAUCAACACGAACACGAGCACGAUGACGGAGUCGACGCUGAUUGCGAUCGAGGCGACGAAGAUGGCGACGGUGUUCAAAACCGAGGCCGAAAUGUCGCACAGCAUCAGCAGCGUCGCGUCCUUGGAACUAGACAAAGUCCAGCCGCCAUCUUUACUGGACUCUAUGAGUCUGGACCUAACCAAAAGCCCGAAGUUGACAGCGCGCAAAAAAUCCCUCCCCAAAGCACUGAUGGUGAAAAGAGCCCUCAGCAACUCGCUGAACAACGGUUCCAGUUUAGAAAGUCUCGAGAACCACAGUUUAUCCAACCUAGAUCAAGUGAAUCCCCCAUCGGCAAUGGCCGAAGUACUCGACAUGGAAGGCAGUAUCACCAGUGUUGCCAGUCUACCGAGCGAAAACAACGAACUUAAAACAGAUUUCGUUAUUAACGGCUCGGUAAACAAAAACAACUCGUUCUUAACGUCGAGACUGAGUCACGUGGUUAGCAACGUUUCGAACUUGAACAGUGUGACGGAUUUGGAGAACAUCAAUCCGCCGUCUUUGUUUAACGAGAUCACGGAUUUGUGUAACUCGUUGGCUGACGUUCCCACGGAAGCUAUCGGUAGUGAAACCGAGAUGUUUGAGGAUUGUCACACUCACGUGUUACCGACGGAAGAUGACGUCACUGAAUUCUCGGACGCUAAUAGCGCGACGCCCAUUCAGUCUGACGUCAGCAGCCCGGAAGUGUCGCCCAAGAAGAACAAGAGUAUUAAAAAGCCGAUGACGUUGAAACAGAGGCGAAAUUUAGCGCGCGAUCGAUACAAGACUUACACGAUAGCGGCGGAGAUGUUGACACGAGAGGAAGAUGAAAAACAGUCGACUUCGGAGGAUUUUAACACCGUCAAUUGUUCGCCAACCGAGAAUUACUACUCGGUGAUUGAUACUCAUACGUAUAGUGUGAAGAGCAGCGAGAAGUUGACGCCGAAGCAGAAACGACAGAAUGACAGGUCGAGGUUUGAGACUCAGGUGGUGGAGGAGGCGGUGACUGAGUUGUUGCAACAACCGGUGAUAGAGAGCAGUUCGCCGAGGGAGGAGAGAGGGGAUGAAACGCCGCAAAGUAGUCCUGGGGGAAGUCCGGCCAGAACUAAAUUGAGUAUAAGGAGGAAUUUUAUGCAGAAGAGGUUGGAAAAUAGGGAUAGGUUUAAAACGCAGACUUUGACUGAGGCGAGUUUUUCUCCGGAGUUGUCGGCUUCGCCCGAAGCUGAUCUGCAUUUGCUGGUACAAAGGGAGGCUAAUUUGGUGCUGAAGAGUUUGAGGGAGACUAAAACUAGUACGGACGAGUUGCUGGAAUGCGAGACUUUGAGUCUCGUGUCGAAUGACGACGAUUCUGAACAUAAUUCAGGAAGCCCCAUCAACUAUAGAACCUACCACAAAAGCUGGGGUUUAACAAAAAACAUCCCCGUCAUCGACCCACCCCCUCCUCCGCCCCCCGUCCAGGACCGCCUCCCGUCGCCCGCCUCCGACCCCGAACCAACCCCCGACGACCAGCCCGCCAAACCAAAGAUAACAAAACCUUCCGAAAAGCCCCCGGAAGAAGAGCCCCCCGAAGAAGAACCCCAAGGCAAAGCAAUACGGGGCAGACGAAAACCCCUCUACUCGAAAUCCACAAGCAAAAUAGCCCCAAAAACCCCACUCAAACCACUCAAAAACAUGACCUCGAAUCUAGUCAAAAACGUGACCUCCUCCAUCAAGCAAGUGAAGCAGACGAAGCCUCCAGCUAAACCCCCCACUCCGCAGAGUCGCGCUUCCAGCGGUUACGGCACCAGGUCGAGCUCGCCCAAGACCGGCGCCAGCGCGAAGCCAAAGCUGGAGCGCCAGGGGACCUUCACGAAAGAGGAACCGGCGCCCGCGGCCCCCAGGAGCCGGAUACCCACUCCCGGGAGCGCGAAAACCGCGUCGAAGAUCCCGGCGAAGGCGCGACCGGCGACGUCGGCGAGCUCGGACAGGGUAGCGGUGAGGAACACGAGGACGGGGUACGCUAGAUCCACGAGCGCGGAUAGCACCAGGAGGGCGCCGAACGCGGCGAGUGUCGUGAAGAGAGCGUCGAUUCCGACGCCGAGUCAGCGGAGUGGGAGCAACACGAGUUUGAACACGGCGGCUACUAAUACAAAGAAACAAGUUACCAGUAAAAUAGCUAGUUUAUGGAAGAAGAUCGAGGAGAGCAAGAAGCAGCCGGCGAAGAAGGACACGAGGGUGUGGAUCCAAAAUCCGGGGGAGGGGGGGUUGACGAGGAGUAAUACGUUCGAUAACAAGAACGGGGUGACGCUGAGGGGUAAAAAGAGGGAUGGGGAUGACGGGAAGAGGGUAUCGAGGUUGGGGUCGUUCAUUGUGAUGGACGACACGGAAGAGGGGGUGAGGAUGCAGCAGGUGAUCAAUGCUGAGUAAGUUUUUGACUUAAGCCAUAUAUUUCUAGUCUGACUUUGUAAGUAUAAGCAUUUAAUAUAUUUGUGUAAAGACUGUAUAUUAUUUAUUUAGGUUUUUUUUUCUUUUGGUGAUAUUACUAGCUGUUUUAGCUAAAUAUAUGUAUAUAAAAUCAUGUUGUUACUUUAUAAAAAUUAUAUUCACAAGUAGUUUUUUAAUAUUUGUAAUACUCAUCUCCAUGACACAACUCUUAGAGGCGAUUUAAAGGUGCUUUUGAUGGAAGGGUGUUUCAUCAAAAUUCCUUUGAAAUUGUGCUUUCGUCUUGUCAUACAAAUUGUAACAAUCGAUAAUUUGUGAAAAUAUAUUGCUUUAAUGUUAA